CUGCGCUACAUGUCAUACAUCGACUUUCGUGCGAUACAUUUGCAUCGAUUGCUUAUGCAUCUUUAUACCGAGGCUCCUGCGACUCUUAGGCAAAAAUUAAUAACGAUAAAAUUCUACACCUUCGAUGUAGUCCUAUGUGCGAAAGUAUCGCAACACGUGGCGUCCUCUCUCUCAUUUCCCAUAUGAUUUUGACAAUUGAUACAAUACACAACUGACAACGAAUAACAUCAGCGACUUAAAUGGCUGUGUUUCUUUUCUGCAUUCGUAAUUCGUCUUUUUAAUUAUAAUUUAAUAUAAUUUUAAGGACAAGGCAGUUGGAUAUUAAUAACAAAACAACUUAUUUAUCUCAAACUUUACAAUGAAAGACACGGACAAAGAUACACCAAUUAUAUACGGGCUAGAAUUUCAGGCUCGAGCUUUGGCAGCUCAGACAGCUGAAACAGACUCUGUGCGUUUUUUGGUUGGAACUCAGUCUCUCAAAUUCAGUAACAACCAAGUCCAUUUGGUAGAACUGAGCGAAGGAACAGGAAAUUUAAAAACUCAAGUAUUCCAGCAUCCUAUCGGAGAGAUAUGGUCGAUCCAAGCAUCACCCACUCAAGUUGAUAAAUUUAUAACUUGCUAUAAUUCAUUAAUAGAUAAUACAUGUCAAAUGAAAGGAGCUCUUUGGAGUAUACCCAAGGACAAUGAUACAAAUGAUAUAGUUCCACUGGAAAAAUUGGCAGAUAUUGAUACUACGCCUUAUGGAAAUGAACUCAAAACUAUAACUUAUCACCCAACUGACAGUACAAAAGCUGUUUCAGUUGUAGACAAUAAUUUUGUUUUAUGGGAUUUAAAUUUCAAACCUCAAGUGGUAACAGUUGGAACUUUAACAAGCAGAGGACAGCCAAAAUUUACAAAUGGCAAAUGGAAUCCUCACCAUCUUAUGGAUCAAUUCGUCACUUUAAAUGAAAAUUCUAUUAAAGGCUGGGAUUUUAGAGAUCCAAAAGAAUUUACUUGGACAAUUGCAUCAGCGCAUUCUCAAAUAAUUAGAGAUCUAGAUUUUAAUACACUUAGACAGUAUUAUUUGGCAACAUGUGGAGAUGAUGGAUUCAUGAAAUUUUGGGAUAUUCGUAAUACUAAUGAACCUGUUUUGUCACGAAUGGAACACUCUCAUUGGGUGUGGUCAAUUAGGAUUAAUAAAUUUCAUGAUCAAUUAGUUUUGACAUCCAGCAGUGACUCAAGAGUAAUUUUAAGUAAUGUUGCUUCAAUUUCUUCAGAACCCUUUGGCCAAAUAGUAUCUGAAGAAGAUGCCACAAUGGAAGAAACUUGUUCAAAAGAAAAGUUGGAAGAUGGAGUGCUAGCAAAAUAUGAAGAGCAUGAAGAUAGUGUUUAUGCUGUUGAAUGGUCUGCAGCAGAUCCAUGGACUUUUGCAUCUUUGAGUUAUGAUGGUCGAUUAGUUAUUAAUAGAGUACCUCAGAAGUAUAAAUACCAAAUUUUAUUAUGAUUAUAAACAUUACAACCUAUUUACAGAAAUCAAUUGUUGC